CAUGAAAAGCAUCUGAGUUUGAGAAUGAAUACACAACUGGAAUCCUUGAACAAAGCUAAUAAAAGCGUGAGUAAUUCAGCUGCAUUCAUUCAAAUAAAAGAGAAUAUGAAACCAACCGACCCGGGUUGAGUUGAGAAACCACCGCCUCAGUACUCUGUACAAAUCGGACGAAUAUUGCGCCGUACGGGUUAUGGGAUCGGGGCAACUUAAAUCGGCCACAGAAAUUGACCCGCGAUGGACAAGCUCAAAGCCAAAAUAAUAUGGCUGCCUUCCCGAGCUCGGGACCCCCCUUGCCGGAAGAUCAGAAGUUAUCAGAUCGCGUCGAGAUCCUUAUCGUUGCAGUGGGCUGUUUACCCAGUUUUAACUCUGGCUGGCAAACUGGAUACGAGUUUGACUUGUUUUGAAUGCCUGCCCGGUACACUCUGGACGGUUCCUCUAGGAGAUGAGAUGGCUCAUGGGUGUACGUUGAGCUGUUACAUGCGAUAGCUCUUGAGAAUUUUGUUGACUACUUCUGAUCCCUCUACUGAGAAUGGAGGGUUCUAACGAAAUUCCUUUCCUUGCCGUUGAUGAACAAUGCCGGUCUAACAGGUACUCAUGGACCGACUAACUAAUGGAACUGUCUUUGUGUGUUGUUAAAGGAUGCUGAAGCGCUGGGGUAGCUAUCCUUCAACCGCUCCGGCCUUCGAGCUGCGAGGCUGGUGGAAACUUCGGCCGAGUUUCCGGAGUCAGGGGAUUUCUAUGCGCCCGAUUGUUAUUGUUGUUCAAAGAUCCCAGAAAUAACAAGAAAAGGGUCUGCCUAAUCUGAACUGCUGCCAUGACGAGGAGUUGGUCCAUAACGUUAUAUUGUAACUUAUCCCGCCAGUCUCAAGAGCUUGUCUACGGACUAAUGCAAAGCCCGUGCUUGCAGAAUAGCCCUUGUUCAAGUUUAUCCCAUUUCUGUAUAACUAAAUGUUAUAUAUGCCUCAACAAACCUCAGAUGGAAUUGAAAUUGCCUAUCUCUUGACUCAAGCACUCUUCCUCUUCUACGGUAUACUGACUUCCAUUGACAACUAUAAGAACACGCCAUAGCAUCGAGAACUUCCGUUUGUUGACAAAUUGAAGACUGAAAAGCCUUUGGCUCCUUCUUCUAUAUUGGCCAGAACCACGACUGCUUCCUAUUCAACUUACGACGGCUGAAGCGCAUACUCAAAGGGCAGACCAAAAUACUAUGCCCUCAGGAGGGAAUUCCGAAGAUUACUCCAAAGAAAGAUCCGAUAACAUGAACAACACUGCCGCCACCCCCUCCUCGUCCUCGUUGUCUGACAAUGCUGGCGAUGUCAAAGUUUUCCACCCUUCUACCCGGACAUGGCUUGUUUUAAUGACUCUCGCGGUACUCACAUUGAUGGUCGCAUUGGAUGGCACGUCCAUAUCCGUCGCUCUACCGAUAAUCGCAAUGCAAUUAAAAGGUACCGCUAUUGAAGCGUUUUGGAGUGGAACUUCCUUUUUACUGUGCUCUACGGUCUUCCAACCCAAUUUUGCUUCAUUCUCUAAUAUCUUCGGCCGCAAGCCAAUGAUACUUGUCUCACUCACUUUAUUCUUUGUGGGGACCCUUAUUGCUGGCCUUUCAAACAACUUCACCAACAUGCUAGUUGGACGUUCCAUCCAGGGAGUCGGUGGUGGUGGGCUUAUUGCUCUCACUGAGAUUGUAAUAACUGACCUUAUUCCACUGAGGGAGCGAGGUACUUAUUUUGGUAUCAUUAGUGCUAUGUGGAGUGUCGGUUCAGUUACUGGCCCAAUUCUUGGAGGUGGUUUCUCCCAAAAUGUUUCAUGGAGGUGGAUCUUCUAUAUAAAUUUUCCAUUCAUUGGUGUCGGAGCCGUGUUGAUCCUCCUCUUCUUGAAGUUGAAUUUUGUCCCUUCUUCGCUGCUGUCGAAACUGCGCCGUAUCGACUACAUCGGAACGGUUCUCUUUAUUGGAAGCACCACCUCAUUCCUAAUUCCGGUGACCUGGGGUGGUGUGAUGUAUGAAUGGGAUUCUUGGCGAACGCUGGCUCCACUUCUCAUCGGCUUCGUUGGGCUCAUCGUGACAAUGAUCUACGAGUAUAAAUUGGCCCACGAUCCCAUUCUCCCCAUAGCCAUCUUUGGAACCAGGACAGCAAUCGUAAGUUACAUAGAGACAACCUUGCACGGCCUUGUCCUUUGGUGUGGCCUGUAUUACAUGCCCCUCUAUUUUGAGACUGUCAAAGUAUACACUCCCAUAGUCGCCGGAAUCUCCCUCUUCCCGAUGACCUUCACCGUCGCCCCUAUCGCUGCCAUCGCCGGUAUUCUCGUGACGAAAACAGGCCAUUGGCGCUGGGCAGUCUGGUUGGGAUUCGUCCUAUCUACGCUUGGUUUGGGACUCUUCACCAUUCUCGACGUCAACACCAGCAUCGCAGCCUGGAUAUUUCUUCUGCUUCCCGCCGGUAUGGGAUUGGGCCUCUUAUUCCCUGCCCUUGGAUUUGCAAUCCAGGCAUCCGCAAAACCUGGCUACAUGGCCACUGCAGUCGCGUUUUUCAGCUUCUUCCGCGCAUUCGGCCAGGCAAUCGGCGUUGCCGUGGGUGGUGUCAUUUUCCAAAACGAGAUGCGAAAGAACUUGCUCAGAUACCCGGAAUUCGCUACCACUGCGGCAACAUUGAGCAAAGACGCUGCUGGGCUUGUUCGGGUGGUUCUGGCUAUGGAAGAUGGGCCUGAGAAGCUGCACCUUAAAGAGGCGUACACGGACAGUUUGCGCAUCGUAUGGGCUGUCUGCUGUGCCCUCAUUGGUGUUGCUGGGCUUCUUAGCACCCUAACUGAAAGCUAUUCACUGACCAUGGUGAUCGACUCGGAUCAGACGAUCAGGGAGAAGAAGACCAUCUCCAAAAAUCCGGAGGAAGGGCUAUCGGAUUAGUCCUAACAAAUCACGUGUGAUGAUAUUUUGUUUCUUUUUUCUUUUUAUCAGCGACCUACUAUAUAUAAUAACCUUUCUAUGAUCUCUUCCUCCCCCAUCUUCCUUGGGUUUGAUGUAUCUGUACUCGGAUAUGUUUGCCCUUGUAUACGUCACGUUAUUCCCAUUGGGCAGCAUAUGGACGUAGCGCCCUUUUUCCUACUCCAGAUCUCCCUUCAUUGCUUUUAAUUUUGUUUCUUUCUUUAGGGCAAAAGGGCAUCUCCUCUAUCCUUUGAUAAAUCAGCGCUGGCAUUUGUUUUCCGGGGGGCGCGGGCUUAGAAUAACGUCUUUGAAUUUAGAUAGAACAUUUAAUAGAUCUAUCUCAUUUAUUUUCUGUAAUAUCUUCC